GCAAUCUUUGCGUUUUCACCCAAUUCCGCCACGUGAGGUGGUGCUUCACAGUGCUCACAGAACUCGCAAAACUAAAACCUUGUCCCUGAUCUGAUCAAUCUACUCCGGUGAUCACACAGCCCUCCAACGAUGGAUCAAGGCGAAAAGGUCAGGCAUGGCCGCGAGGCUCUGAUGGAAAGGCUCAUCGAGUUGGGCACACGGGCGUCGAGACCAGAUGUGGACGAGGACACUCGGCAGCAGGCUGCGCAAGAAUUUGAUGACUUCGUAUGCAGGGCCGGGACAGUCUCCCUGAUCCCAGCGCUCAACUUCCUCAUCCAGCCAGGACGGGUGCCACCUGAGCUGCGCGUCAAGCUCAUGGGAGUUCUUACCCAGAUUCCCUUGAGGCCUGAUGGCGUGCGUGCAACCGUCGAAUUCGUCUUCUCCGUGCAUCCUUCGAGCACCCUCACUUCCCCGGACCAGGCCAAGCCCCAAAAGGAAGGGGCCAACAUCACCCACGAGGCUUUGAGCAUGGCCGCCAAGCUCAUCGCCUACCCUCCCAAGGCCGUUUCCCCAGACACUUGGUACCAGAAAGUGGCACCGCAGCUUCUCUCGUUGCUGGAUGGCCAGGAAGGACCGGAGCUCAUGAAAGUGGGAGCGUUUGUCAUCGGCUUCGGGAUUCUUGGCCGCAGACAAUCUGGCGCUCCCGGGACGGCCGGCUGGAGAGCUGUCGCGGAGCCAAUAUUGAGUCCAAUCAGCCCCUCGUCUGCAGCAGCGUCGGCCUGGAGUGCCGAUUCCGGUAACAUUAUAGACCUCAGCAAAGAGAGGGUGCUUGUCUCAGCUCAGGAAUUGGCCCAGGCCCUGUUCCGUCUGCAGGCCCUCCUCAUCUCACAUCCGAACCCUAGCCUGUCCAAGAGGCUCUUACAUCCCAUCAUCCUCCCCCUCUGGGCUCUUGCCAGCUCUGUCCGCCCUCAGUCACACUGUGAGGAACGGUACUGCCAGCCCGCGCAGAACCUGCUUCGCAUUUAUUUCAAACUCGCUGCUGGGCCACAGAAUAUAGACAUUGUAAUCCAAAAUCUCCUUUUCAAAGGCAGCCUCGAAAGUGGCUCUGGUUGGAGAUUCAAGGAAACAACCAACGGGAACGUUGAAGUUGUCCAAGCCCGAGAGGCUCUUCACCGUGAUGCCGCGCAACACAAGUGGUCAGAAAUUGAGCCAAAAGUCGAGUCUCUGAUUGAACUGAUCAAAUCCGUAUGCUCGGCGGAAGAUGUUUCCUCUAUCUUCACAACAUUAUUCCGCCGUUGGUUCUCAGCGAACUCGAAGAAAAUCGACUCGGUGCUCGUGGUCAAAGCCGAUGAGUCUGGAGCAGAUCCCAUCGAUCAGUUGGUACAGGUCAAGAUGCUUCAAAGAAUGAUGGAUAUCUUCCCAUCGCAGUUGGCAACUGGAUCUGACUCGAUCUUGAGAAUGGUGGAGCCCAUAUUGAAACAGGGGGCCGGUGAGGGGGACGACGAGACGGUGCCAGUGGCUCUCAGUCUUCUCAAUAUUGUCGUCACAGCCCCAGGUUUUCUCAAAGCCAGGACAGACCAGAACCUCGUCCAGUCCAUUGAAUCGUCACUGGGCGUGCUGGGAAAGGCAGAUCUUGGAGGCACGUCUGCAACAGCCAAGAACCUUGAACUCCUGCUCAGAUACCGGGAUGAGCUUGAUGGCCCGUCCGAAGUACCACCCAUUCCGACAUCACGCCAGAUCCAAGACCGCAAAACCUAUGACCUGGCCCUUUCCUACAUUACCCAAGCAGACUCGCCACCGCCCGUACGUGCCGAGGGGCUAAGCCUUCUCCAGUCCCUCAUUGUCGAGAACAGUGCCAUCCUAGACAUUCCUGCGACCCUCGUCCUCAUGUCCUCACUACUACAAGAUGACGACGACUAUAUAAACCUGCGCUUGAUCAAGAUGUAUACACAGCUUGCACAUAAGCACCCUAAAACCGUCACUGGAGAUCUUGUGGAGCAUUAUGUGGACGCCGACGAGAGGGCGAGCAUAGACCAGCGCCUACGUUUCGGCGAGGCACUACUGCAGGUGAUCGAGCGGCUCGGUGAAAUGUUCACGGGCGACACAGCGCGGCAGGUCGCGGAGGCGUUGCUGGCCACCGCAGGCCGACGGGGAUACCGGCCCAAGACCGAAGAGAAGCAGCGGAAAGAGGAGAAUCUCAGGCUGAGGAAGCAGCAGCGUGCCGAGAAGGAGUGGGGAGGCGACGUACCUGACCUCGGCUCAGAUGAGGACGAGACGGAGGCGGACCGGGCGAAUAAGGAGGUACUGACGCAGAUCGUCAGUGGCUGGGACAGCAAGAAGGGUAGCGAAGACAUCCGCAUCCGCGGGUCCGCACUGUCCAUCCUCGCCGUCGGCAUCGAGACCAGCCUAGCGGGAGUGGGCCCGACCCUCAUCACAGCUAGUGUCGACCUAUCCGUCAAUGUCCUCAAGGUCGAGACUGGAAUGGAGGCUGGUAUACUGCGCCGGUCAGCCGUACUCGUUAUCCUGGCCUUCGUCAGAGCGCUCAACAGUGCCAAGGAGCAGGGCAGGCGCCUGGGAUUCGGGUUGACGGAGCAGAGCCAGAAAGAUAUCGGGACUGUGUUGCGUUAUGUUGCGGCUACUGAUAAUGACGGCCUGGUCAGGCAGCACGCGAGUGACGUGGUCGAGAGUCUAGACAAUUGGAAGCUUGGGUCUCUUGUUUCCCAGGUGCAGGAGCAGACCCCAGCGACGACCCUGACCAGGCUGGCGGGGUUGAGUGUUGAUCCUCAACACGCAGCCUUAGCAGACCGACCUUCCUCAAGGCCUAGGAUCGAGGAAGUCGAGUGAGAACAGCCUGGAAUAGUUUGGAUUCCCAUCCACCAUCUCACGCAAUAGCAUCUUCGCCGUCCACUUCAAGAUGUGCGUGUGCGUGUGCGCGUGCGCAGAAGGGGUUUUCCGAUCAGGGCAAUCUACUUGGUAUGAUGCGUGCUGAACACCAUGGCCUUCUUACCACCGGGAGCACAGUGCUUGUGCAAUAGCAGCAAGUUUCAAAAACAAAUUGAUUCAAC